CAAGCUUGCAACCCCACAUCUCCUCAGAUACCCCUCCUUGCUUGUUUACCACCACUUGCAAGAUGUCGAACCCCACUCAGAUCUUUGCCGACGAUGUCACGGAGGAGAAGGGUGAGAAUGCGCGUCUUUCCGCAUUCGUAGGAGCUAUUGCUGUCGGCGACCUGGUCAAGAGCACACUGGGGCCGAAGGGAAUGGACAAGAUCCUUCAAUCUGCUUCCACAGGUGAAAUCUUGGUCACAAACGAUGGUGCUACUAUUCUGAAAGCUAUUGCCCUCGAUAACGCUGCCGCAAAAGUUCUUGUCAAUAUCUCGAAAGUUCAGGACGACGAAGUUGGUGACGGCACAACCUCAGUCACUGUGCUUGCUGCAGAGCUCCUCCGCGAAGCUGAAAAGCUUGUCGACCAGAAGAUCCACCCCCAGACAAUCAUCGAAGGUUACAGGAUAGCGAGCCGCGCUGCGCUGAAUGCUCUGGAGAAGAUCGCGACAGAUCACAGCAAGGAUGAGCAGGCUUUCAGGAGAGACCUCGAGGCUAUUGCAAGGACAACACUGAGCUCCAAGGUGCUGAGUCAGGAUCGCGACCAGUUCUCCAAGCUCGCAGUCGAUGCUGUUCUCAAGCUCGGUGGCUCGACCGACCUCACACACAUUCAGAUCAUCAAGAAGGCAGGAGGAAAGCUCAAGGACUCCUACCUUGACAAUGGCUUCAUUUUGGACAAGAAGUUUGGUGUGAACCAACCCAAGAGGAUAGAAAACGCCAAGAUCCUGGUCGCGAACACAUCGAUGGACACAGACAAAAUCAAGAUCUUCGGCGCCAGGGUGAAGGUCGACUCGACAGGCAAGCUGGCCGAGCUAGAGAAGGCAGAGCGCGAGAAGAUGAAGGCAAAGGUCGAGCGUAUCAAGGCACACGGCAUCAACUGCUUCGUCAACCGACAGUUGAUCUACAACUGGCCAGAGCAGCUCUUCGCAGAUGCCGGCAUCUGCUCCAUCGAGCACGCAGACUUCGAUGGUGUUGAGCGAUUGGCGUUGGUCACUGGCGGAGAGAUCACAUCGACCUUCGACCACCCAGAUCAGGUUAAGAUCGGCGAGUGCGACUUGAUCGAAGAGGUGAUCAUUGGUGAGGAUACACUUAUCAGGUUCUCUGGUGUCAAGGCAGGCAGGGCAUGCACGGUUGUGCUCCGUGGUGCUACCGAGCAGCUUCUCGACGAGGCUGAGCGAUCGUUACACGAUGCCCUUGCGGUUCUGUCACAAACAGUCAAGGAGCCCAGGACAACGCUUGGUGGUGGAUGUGCGGAGAUGAAUAUGGCGAAGGCCGUUGCUGAGGCUGCGCAGAACGUGGAAGGCAAGAAGGCCAUCGCCGUCGAGUCAUUCGGCAAGGCACUACAGCAGCUGCCUACGAUCCUGGCUGACAACGCUGGUCUUGACUCCAGCGACCUGGUCACACGGCUCCGCAAGGCCGUCUACUCAGGUCUUACGAGCUCAGGACUCGACCUGCUGUCGCCCAGCGGAGGCAUUGCGGACAUGAGGGAACUGGGCGUCAUUGAGAGCUACAAGCUCAAGCGUGCGGUCGUCUCCUCGGCUUCAGAAGCCGCAGAGCUGCUCCUGCGUGUUGACAACAUCAUCAGGUCUGCUCCUCGUCGUCGUGAGCGUAUGUAAGCUUGUAGUACGACAUGGGACGACGAGCAUGAUACCGUAAUGGCUUAGACGAUGUGUAUACCACGAAACGAAAUUCAUGCAG